GUCUCUCUCUCUCUCUCCACCAGCUCUCUCUCCUCUCCAGCUCUCGCUCUCUGUUACCGAGAAACACACCGCGAACUCAUCAAAUCAUCACGGAUUAACGCCGAUUUCAACUCAGAUUAAGUGCAUUGUUAAGUUUUUGCUACCUGUUUCAGAGGAUUUUUUGAGGAGUUAUGGCUGAAAUACCUCGCAGAAAUUCAGUACGUAGGAGCACAAGACUUAUAUUAAAAAGUUUAAAAAGACCGAUUACAGGACCAGUAUAUGUGGAUUUGGAAGCCGACGAUGCUGAUCAAGUGAUCAUAGAUGCAACUAUAAGUGAGAAUAAUAAUCAUGUUGGAGACCUUCCUGAAACAAUGAAUAAUGUGGGGGACACGGUUAUUGUAGAAGAAAACAAAGGACCAGUGAGAGGGCAAGUUACAUUAUCUGAUUCAGAUAAUGAUUUUGUGGAUCCUGCACCAUGGUCAAAGAGCAAAGAAAAGAGGCAAGAUAAUACUGUUGAGACAAGAAAUGUAAAAAGGAAGCUUGUGCUUAAGGAAACUGAAAAGGAGAUUCCUGAGGCACCGAGAUUGAAUGAUAACAAAAUAAAGUUGAAGGCAAAAAAGUCAAAUGUAGAUGAUAAAGCUCAAAAAAGAAAAGCAAAAGAGAAAAUUGAGGAAAGAAUUGAGAUUGUUGAAAAGGCUGAUGAAAUAACAAAAAUCAGAAUUUCGCCAAGAAUACUAAGUGACAUGAUAUGUGCUUUAUCAGAUGCUCAACAACAAUGGAUCGAGGAUGCCGGUUUUAAGAAUUUGCUUAAGUUCGAAUUAGUUGAGCUACCACAGAGGCUGUCAUAUAAGGUUCUUCAAUCUUUUGAUGAAAAAAAUUGCAUGUUGGUACUAAAGAAUGGAGUUAUAGAAAUCACUGGGAAGGUUGUCCACGCUAUACUUGGGUUGCCUUAUCAAGGAGCUGAGAUUGAAUUUGUCCAAGACAAUGCAGUUCAAGAAAGACUUAAAAAAUGGAGAUCACAAUUCGGAAUUAGUAAUGGACAAAGUCUGGUCAAAGCGAGUGAUGUUGUUGAUAAGAUAAAACAAACUGGUGAUGUUGACGAUACGUUUAAGAUGAAUUUUCUGGUGGUUAUGGCAAACGUUUUGAUAAGAUCAAAUACCAACAAUUUUGUAUCUCAAGCGGUACUUUAUUUUAAUGACGACUUGGACCACUGUGCAAAGUACAACUGGGCAAAUUAUCUGAUAAAAAGUCUUGUAAUCACAAAGAAAAGGUGGAUGCGCACAUCUUCUCUUUUCUUUACAGGACCAAUGAUUUUUCUGCUUGUAAGUAUUUUUUGGUUUUAUUCCUUACCUCAUUCAUAA